GACUUUGAACGUUACAGGAUCACAAGGACGGUUUCGCUCCGCAUUUUCCGAGUGUGUAACGCGUGGUGUUUUCUGAUGGUUAAUUUUUCCUUCUUCGAUAUUUGUGUUCCGGAACCCGCACGUGUAAAUAAAGAGGAUGAUUCCGUUGUGCGACGGGCUGGUCCUCGGUGGAGUAGUGAUGGUGACAGAUGAAAAGCGGAUCUUGACAUGAAUGAUGAUGAUAUGAUUAUGGAAUUGUUGACAUAGAUUUUAUUACGCUGGUCAUUGGAGUGAGAGUUCUGGGUGCUGGCCAGAAUCGGGAAAACAGAGCCAUUGUUGGGUGGGUCGAUGAUCCUUCUGUGGUUCCUGGAAGAAGUGAAUGUCCCCAGAACAUGUGAGAAGUGAUUCCACGUGAAACGAGUGGGUCCCUGUGCUUUUGUUGAAAAAUCGUUCCCAACUGGUGCUGGGUUUUCGUUGGGGUGUUGUGGAAAUGUAUCCCGUAUCACGUUGACAUAUGUGAAAUGUUUGGCGGCACAUGUGUGUCCAAUGAAAAAAACCGUUACGCUUUGCAGCCUACGGAAAUAGGUCCUCAUUAAGGGGUUGCGUUGUGCAGAGGUACAUCUACCGUCAAACAAGUUCAUGAUUAAUGUGCCGGAAAAAGGUUCCCGGAAGCGCAGUAGCAAGGAUUGAGCAAAAAUUGCAGCUCGAAAGAACGGAAGUGUGUAUUGCCAUUUGUUAGCACCACUGCCAGCGUAGCCGCGAAAGAAUAGUGCGAAGUGGGAGGAAAUCGUUUCUGCUGGAUCGAGUGCAAAUUCAGUGGAACACUGGUUCGGCGGGAAGGUUCUUCGGCAACUUUCUGAGAGGAAUAUAAAUGGCACAUUGUAGUACUCUAUUACAGUUCGGUUGAUAUUGAUCCCUACCAAUCAGAGAAAAUGAACCAAUCACGCCCGUUUCGCAAACCGCCGGACGUAGAGGAAGCGCUAUCCUCCAUGCUGUGGACGCCGUAUGACAAUAAUGCCUCCGAUUCCGAUUCCUCAGUCGAAGAUGGAGCUCCUCCGUCGUUGAUGGACCGCCUGUCUAUGACCCCAGGGCGAUUCAAUAACAGCAACAGCAUCACAAAUAACAAUCAUCUCCAAUCGUCGUCAUCGUCGUCGAUAAAACGGAGCUUUUCCGAAUGGAACUACCGCAGUUUCGAUGACGGUACGAAGGCAGGAACUCUUCACCCGCGUGAAACUGUAGCCAGUAAUCGUUACAGCUACCCAUACUAUGGCUUCCAACCGGCUGUGGCGGCGGGGGCCAAUGCUUAUUGGAAUAGUAAUAAUAUUUACCCUAAUGGCUACCCAGCACCGAUAACUGCAGCGACGGCGACGGCGACGACGACAACAACAACCAUUUACCCGGUUUUGCCAUCCCAUCCCUUGCCACCGUCCCUCCUCGAUUGGAAGCAAAUCCGCUCAACUGCAACCGGAAUCUAUCAACCACCGGCAGCGCCUUCGUCAAUGGUGGUUCCUACGAUGACCGCUACCACCACCACUUCGCUAUUUCCGCUCAGUUUGCUCAGCAUGGACUCGAUUCCGUUAGCCGGCGUUCCUUCUGCCGCUUAUGGCUUCUGCGAGGAUGAUCUGAUUAACUCCAACAUGACGAUUGGCGUCAACGACACCUUUGGCGAUUAUCAGGUUUAUCCCAUUACACCGGUCGCUUCAAUGGCUGUUGGUGCUAGUUGUGGUGGUGCUUACCUGAGCCACCCGAAUGGCACAAGACAACAACCAUCGAGCAUGUCUUCGUCAUCCUCUGCGGCAUCAGGUUACGGCCUGUCGAACGAUGGAAACAACAAUUCCAACAACGUCCACCAGAUCGACGACUACCACAGUGACAAUAGCACCAGUCUGUGCAGAAUUUCCGCAAUGCUUAAGCCAGUCAUGCGCAGCACCAGUACUCACAGCGGCAACGUCGGAGACCUACAUUUGUCAAAAGAUCAGCAGCAACGACCGCAGCAUAGCAGCAUAGAGAAUGCAACUGGUUCAUGUUCCGCCAUCGCAGGCAGUAUGACAACGAAUGAAUCCUAUGUUGGAUGCAGGCCGGAUGAACGUUCAAAGCGGAAUGGGCAAAGCAUAAGCCCGUUUAACGGCUACCACCACGAGCACAUGGUAGGCUGUGAGGGUGAAGCAGCUGAUGAUGAACAACAUCGCGAGGGAAGGGCGAACGCAAUCGAGACUCCGCCGAGUGGAUUCGAUCGUGCCGCGUUUAGUAGUGUGCGGAUAGUGAACGGAGCAACAUACGCGUACGGUGAUCUUUUCGCGUCGGAACGUCGUUUGAUCGCUGCGACCGACCGACAGACGAUCGAGCGGUUUUCUAGUUCUAGUGAUAACAACAGUGCUCCAAAUAGCAACAAUCGAGGAUCUAGCAGGGCAUUGGAUAAUCUACGUGGAUUUGGUCGCAGCGUGCGGGAUCGGUUCGUCGAUAUCAUGCGGCUUAAUGUGCCAGCGGCCCCCGAGGGCAGCCGGACCAGUGUUUAUAUUCCGUCCUCCGAAGGGAUGGCCUCGGUUAUGGAAAGUGCAAUUUCAAGCGAGGGUGGACCUCGACCUACCUUAACCAUUCAAGUGAAUUGUGUCGAUACAAAUAAUGAGGUGCAGAAUGAUGUUGUAAAUAAUGUGUCAUCUGGGGUGAGCAUCGUCAAUUGCUACCGAGAAACGCCCAGAAGUGCUGCCGAAUGUUCCAGUGAUAAAGAUAGUGGAGAAGCUGCCAUGGAAAGUCAAUUCAACCCCAGUGAUCUGAACAGUGCUAAUUUGAAUCCUACGGUUAUCGAUAAAAAUCAUGUAAAUAUCAGUGCAAAUGCAGAGCAAAUGGUUCAUGUUUCUAACACAGUAGUGCAAAAUGGUUCCAACGAUCCUACUCUGAUCGAGAAUAGUUAUGGCAAGAAGAUUAGUGCUAUCAAUCAAACUACCCCUCAGUACCCACAGCAAACGGAUAUAGAUCGGAUCGAACCGGCCAACAAUCGUACCUUCACAUCCACCGAAGCCCAAACCGAUGAUCCCCCUGUCCCUAUCCCUCACGAAGUGGCACCCCCUUACAUCCAUCCAGCCCCUAUGAUGCCACCACCCCUCCUUCUGUCUCCCCCUCCCGGAUCGGAGUUUAGCACCCGUGAGCAUCGUCGUCGGGAGCGUCGCGAGAGGCGUCAGGCGCGCAACCGGAUGCAACAUGUGCACCCGAUGGACCAACCGCCGCCACCGCCUCCGACCAUGCUGCGGCCACCGCCGAUCGAAAUCAUCCCGGAUAUACUGCACAGCCAUCUGCCGCCUCCGUACACGACCCUGCCGAUGGGGGCCACGGUUCUGGCUGCACCGCCAGCGAUCUUGCCAGCCGUGGUUCACCCGGCAGCAGCGGUGCAUCAUCGGGCUGCGGGGCCGGUUGGGGCCGAGGACUGCCGAUACUCGUUCCCGAUCCCGAUUAUGAGAAGCUCACCAUCAGAACGCUCGCGGAAAGGCUGCUGCGGUCAUUGGUUCGCCGGGCCACCACUGAGGGCGCUCAUCGCAGUGGUGGCCCUGGGCGGCGUGGCGUGCGCUCUUGGGGGUGCUGCUCUCGGGGCGACGGGACUUGCCGGCUCACCUACCUCACAUCUGACGGCGGCCUUACUUAUGAUUGGCGUUGGAGUCAUUCUAGUGACCGUUAGUGGUGCUGCCUGGCGAAUGACGGCUCCCGGUGCUCCGCCAUGUCUUGGGCUUGGUUCCACCGUGGAUCUGGGACGAUGUUCGCGAAGACCUUGUGGACGUAAUGGAAGCACACCCCACGGACUGUUGUAUCCCGAGUUUCAGCAUCGGCCACCUCCGCCAUCCUAUCAGGCCAGCAUGCAGGAGUACAGAUUGAGGCUUCUUCUACUAGAUCGAGAUCGUCAAUCUGGAAGAAUGCGCAGCACAGCAUCGCCACCGCCCACCUACCGGUCCAACGUUGGGAGUCUAUUGAGAAUCCCCCUCACCUCGAGGUACAACACCAGCAAUGGCAACGGUGCCACUAGCGGCGGCAGCAGUACCAGCAUAUUCGGCGGCAUCAGCGGCAUAAUCAGUGGCGCCAUGGGAAGCAGCAGCAACAGUAUCAACGGAAUAGCUACGCAAUCGCAUCCCGCCGGCCCUGUGGACAGUUCGACGCCCACGACUUCGCUCCUGUCGGACCCAGCUGGUGCACCGCCGCCAACUUAUCGCACCAUUGACCGCAGGAAUUCAUCAACGUCGAUAGAAGCCGGGACAACAACGGCAACGGGUGACUAUCAGGUGCAGGUUCAGAAACCACCCCCAGAACCGACUUCGACAACGACGCCAACUGGUGACAGCAUCGGCACAACCACCGUGGCCACUGUCGAGGGUGGUGUCAGUCUAAUAAAUGAUGAUAAUACCUUGCCAACGAGGAAAACCGGAACGGGAACCGGAAGUGCGCCUUCGAUUAUUAAAAUAGACGACGGUAAAUCAACAGCUGCUACCGCAGUUGGAUCAAGUCCGAUGACGUCCGACCAAGCACCACCGCAUAAACAACAACGAAAUUCAAUUACCAGCGAAAUAAUUGAAAACGAUAGUAAGAGAACCCGCGAAAACGUUGCAAACAAGGACCUGGUUACGAUUGUUACCAUUUCCGGGACGCUAGAGCAAAAGCAGCCGAAUUUGAAUAAAUCCCAACCACCACCGGAUGCACCGGACAGUAAAAAAGGAGCAAAAAGCAAAAGCAGCAAACACGAUGCUGCUGGUGCUGCAUCUCCGGGGAAGUUAUAGUUGCGGGGUCACUGCGGCGAGAUACAAUUUUGACCGUACCGCUGGAUUACCUAGCCGGGCCUGAGGCUUGCUUUGGCCGCCGCCGAAAGAACGUACACCAGAACGUAUCGAUAUAUGGAGCGACAUUUUAGUUACAAAAAAGAAAAAAAAACCUACGCCAUGGAAGUCUAGUUUUGCUACGAAUAUUACAUAUAUUUUUUUUCUGUUUUCGAAAACCGCUUUUGGGUCGGGAGAUGGAUGUGAUUGUGUGGUUUCGGGACCGGGUUAUUUUGAAUGACGAUUAGGAUAUAGGGCUUUUGAAAUGGAUUUAUGUCACGAAGAUGAAACUAAUCUAAUCUAAACUAGAUAUGAAUCUUUUAUGUGGGUCACUAUUUUCUAAAGGAUUCUGCUCACCCAUGAAUGCUCCUAAAAUGGUCAAACACAGUGAAAUAAAUUUUGAAACGUCGAUGUGAAGUAUACUUAACAUCGAAUACUUUAGGUCAACACUUCGGAUCCGAUGAGCCAUCGGAGAACGUUUAUGAGGAAUACCGGAAAGCACCAAUGAUACAAAACAUUUUUUUUUAUUUCACUUGUUUAAAAAAGUUGCAAACAAAACAAAAAAAACAAAAGUUUCCAGAAUGACGAGUAUAGUAAUACGGGGUAACAUUGACCUCUCCUAGUAAAGGUAUGAACCAAAUAUAUAAAAAUAAAAUAUUUUCAAUGUAUGAAUGUUGCUUCUCUUACUUAUAUUCAUGAAUUAACAAAAAAUAAGCUUUCUGUAAUCAUUGUGUUUUGUUAAUGCGUAAAUUUAUCAACUUUUCGAAACAGUGAUUUCCAUGAUUUUGGAUUACAUGGCCAAAAAAUCAUGCUUCACUUUGUGUUCAGCAAAUACAAAAUGUGGGCAAGUUAAAUAUGGUUUUCUCUAACAUUGCUUAAAAUCAUUCCU